AUGGCAAGAUCAUGGACGAGGCACAAGCUCUUGGAUCUGGCACUGGAUUGCGAUGGCUUUGCCCGCGCGCUCCGAGCCUCGAGGGACGCAAUCGAGGUAGCCGCCCUCCAUCGCCAAAUUCUCCACAGCCCACACUGCUGCGAUGAUAGAUUCCUCGCCAAUCUCGUCGUCCAGAUGUAUGGCAAGUGUGGCGAUGUGGAAUCCGCUAGGCUCGCUUUCGAUUCCAUGGAGUGCCCGAAUCUCUACUCGUGGGCGAUCCUCCUGGGCGUCUAUGCUCGCAAUGCGCACCUCCGAGAUGCCAAGGAAACCUUCGAUCGGAUGCCCCAGCGCAACGAAGUCGCGUGGAAUUCCGUGCUCACUAUGUUUGAGGAGCAGCGGAUGAUCGACCCAGUGUGCGAGAUAUUUGAUCGGAUGCCCAGCACCACGGUGGUGUCGUGGUCUUCGAUUGUUCGUGCAAAUGCCCAGACUGGGCAUCUGGGUCCAGCCAAAGCGGUGUUUGAUCGGAUGCCCGAGCGGAACGUAGUGGCAUGGACGGCUAUGGUGUCGGAGUUCGCCUACGCCGAUUCGAUCGAUCUAGCCAGCGAGAUGUUCGAUCGAAUGCCCGGAUGGGAUUUGAUCGCUUGGACUGCCAUGGUCACUGCAUUUGCCGCUAAUGGGCAUUUGGGACAAGCAUUUGAUCUCUACGAUAGGAUGCCCGAGAGAGGAAUCCCAUCCCACAACGCGAUGAUCAUUGCGUGCGCUCAAAAUGGUCUCGCACGGGAGUCGCAGAAGAUCUUCGACGAGAUGGGCAAUCGAAACAUCGUGUCGUGGAACUCAAUCCUCUCGGUUUGCGCGACCGAGGAGGAGCUUGGCUCGGUGGAGGCGCUCUUUCGAUCCAUGCCCGAGUGGAGCGUGAUCAGCUGGAUCGUCCUCUUGGGAGCUUACGCGAGCGCCGGAAGGAUCCCGCAAGUGGAGGAGCUCUUCCAAUCCAUGCCGGAGCGCGAUCUCGUAGCAUGGAACGCGAUGAUCUCCAGCUAUGGCCGCCAUGGCUACGUCGAGCGAUCGAAGAACACCUUCUCCAGGAUGCCCGAGCAUGAUUUGAUCUCCUGGAACUCACUGCUCACGGCCUUCUCGGCGAACAGCCACCCGAGAGAGGCCCAGGCGGUGUUUGAUUCCAUGCCCGAGAGGACGACCGUGUCGUGGGCGGCGAUGGUGGCGAUGAGGUCCCAGCAGGGUCACCUCGAUUCGGCGAGGGAGCUCUUCGAUUCGAUGCCGGAUCGAUCGCUGGCGUCCUGGAACGCGAUGCUGGCGGGCUACUCGCAGAAUGGCCACUCCAAGCCGGCGAUGGAGCUCUUCGCGCUCAUGAAUCUGGAUGGAUCCCAGCCCAGCGCGGCCACAUUCGUAGAGAUCUUGGGCGCGUGCCGCGACACAGGCAAGGCGGAGCUGAGCUACGGCUACUUCGCCUCCAUGGUGGGGGAUUUCUCCCUGGAUCCCGUGCCCAGGCACUACUGCUGCGUCGUGGACGCGCUCGCCAAGGCUGGGCACCUCCGCGAGGCCGAGGAGAUCAUCAAGGGCGUGCCGGGGCUGGAGAGCGCUGGGAUCGCGUGGCGGAGCCUGCUGGACGGGUGUAGAACACACCAAGAUCUCCAGCGGGGGAGCGAUGCCGCGAGGAUGGCGAUCCAGUUCGAUCCAGGCGCCGGCGCCUCGUACGCGCUCGUGACGGACGUGUUGCGCUCUUCGUCUUCCUCCCAAGAACCCUAA